GGCGCAUCGAAAACAGGUGAACUCGUCGGAAUCCAGGAAUGUCCUUCAAGGAUGUGCGAGAUCUGGGGGAACAUCUUAAGCUGUUGGGGUUCCCGCGUGUGUUUCCCCUCCAAUCCCUGGCCAAUCAGCAUGGCAGCCUGGCCAGUUUCCACAUAGUUGCCGAGCUCCUUCAAUGGCUAGCAGGUCUGAUGGAGCCGGGAGCCACUUUGCCCGGCGGCGUGGAAUCGGAGGAGCAGCGGGUUCUCCUCGUCCGUUCGGCCACCGAGUUCUUUGUGACCAAGGCGGCCAUUCGUCUUAAUCCCCGGAAACUGUAUGCAGCUGCUGCGGUUACGGCGGCCGAGCUACAGAAGGUAACCCGACUCCUGACAUCCCCAGGACAAAACGAAGCGGACAACGACGAGGAGGACCAAAGGGACCAGUAUAGGAGCCUGAAUCCCGUGGAUAUUGGCGACAAAGCGGAGGAGUUGCGUAAGGCUCGCGAACUGGCCGCAGACUUAACUCAGCGAGGCACAACCAUAUGCGAGAUGCUUUCGAAGGAACUGCUCCACAAGGAAUCGCGGAUGUCCCAAUCCCAACGACCCCUGGAGCUGCUCAAUGUGGAGAGGACCCUGAAGAACGCCAUCCAAGCUAGCCAGGUUCGCCUCCAAUCGAGCAGAGCCCAACUGGAGGCCGCCAAGGUGGAGCUCAAUGCCCUGGGCUCCAAGCUGCAGCGGCGUCGAGCGGAGCUCGAGCGAACCCGCCAAAGACUAGAGGCACUGCAUCGCAUUCGACCGGCGCACAUGGCCGAGUUCGAGGACUGCGAGAAGGAGUUGCAGGAGCUCUUCCAGCGCUACUUCCUCAGGCUGCAUGUACGCGAUGCUCUGAAGUCCCAACUGGAGCUGCGUACCAAACGUGCCACACCUAUCGCCUCACCCAUCCUGCAAAAGCCCGCAGAGAACUCCAUGCCCUUCAUCCCGGAGGGACUCAUCGAGGACGAUGACGACGACGACGACGACGAUCUGGAUGACGAGGAUGAGGGCGACGAUGGCGGCGAAGCGGUUUCCGGCCUCGACAUGGUGGUCAAUGGCAGAAGUGUCUUCGGCCUGGACUCGGAGAUACCCGACAUACGGGACGAGGACAAGCUGAUGCAACAGAACAGCCUGGUCUCGGCGCAGGGAAAACGUCCGGGUACUGCCACCUCCAGGAUUAGACCCACAACGGGCAGAAGCAGGAAGGCAGUCGGAGGAAGAGGCGCCGCCGGCCCCGAAGGAGGUAGCGAUGCCAGGGCAGCCCGGGGCUCCAGGAGAGCGGCUGCGGCUGGAGGAGACGCAGGUGGCACCCAUCGAAACGGCCGCAACGGACCCGGCAGCAGUAUGCUCAACUCCCGGGACGACGACAGCAGCUUCGGGAGCUCCGAAAGCGAACUGGACGUGGGCGAGAUCAUGGGCAUGAGCGGGAUGAGUGGCAUGAGCGCCAUUAGCGGAAUUAGUGGGAUGAGCAACAUUGCCUUGGGCGCCGGCGAUGACGAUUUUGAUCUGAACUCGAUCGAUGACAUUAGCAUUUCAAAGUUGACUGGCGAACUGCCGCUGCGACCGAAGACCGCCAACAAAGCGGAGCACCACAGCGACGAGGACUUUUAGGGAGAACUAUUUACAUCUCUUUACUAAUUCU